CCAUUUUAUCAUCUUCAUUCUUCAUCGACGGGUUAGGGCUUCCCAUGACUCUUCUAUUUGAUCUUACAGCGGAAUCCGCGUCUUUUACGAUGAAUCUCAAAAUCUUUGAGGCGAUUUAGUCUUGAUUUCGCUAAAUUAUUCCCUUGUUUCAGUUACCUCUGUUAGGUUUCCAUAAUUUAUCCUUUCAUUUGAUUUUGAUGUGAUGAAGAAUCCGAUUCUGUUCUCUUUCUCCUUCUCUUCCUUUGGGAAUUUUACGCUGUCACUUACGAUUUCAUUCUCUUGUUGUUUUUCAGGGAAUGACUUGAUAGUUUGUUAAGAAAGCACAGGAAAACAGAGAAUUUUGAUUGGAAUUUUGAAAUUAGUUAGCGGGUAAAAUUAGGAUCUGGAUAGCAACAACAAUGCUCUUUGCUCUCUCUGACUGUGUCAGUUUUUAUUUUAAUUUUUCGCUUUUCAUUUCCUUUUCUAUUUCCUCUUCCUGCUCUAUUAGGUGGAUACCUCUUCAUAGAAUAUCCAGGUUUCUUUCUUUGUCUGUUGGUUAUGAUUUGAGUUUGUUAUGUUAAUUACAUAUCUUGCUUUCUGGGGAUAAUGAAUCUGAGUUGUCCAAAUUUGUGAACUUCAUUGGCAAACUGAAGGCAGCAAGGAUAUUGAAACCAUUAAUUCGGUUUCACUAAUUUGAACUAUUUGCUUGAAUUUAUAGCUCCAUCCUUAGUUCCUAAAAUCUACUGAAUAUUUCAAAUUUCAUUGUACUCUCUGGAUCUUCACCUAAUGCUAUCUGUUAAUAACCAAACAAAUUCAUUUUGGGCUGUUAGCCAAAUGCAAAAUUAGCUGAAAGAAUUAGUGAAUAGUCUUCUAAUUGCACAAAUGUAAAGUCAUCCUUUAGGUAAAUUGAUCAGAUGCAUCAUUUAAGUCUGUGCAUACGUGUGUGUUUUGUUUCAGAAGUUUGUGAUAAUUAGUGAUAUAUAACAAAUCUCCUUGUAGCGGGAGGAGCAUUUGCUUAUCUUUUGAAACUGAAUUUCGAUUUUUAUACCUUAUAAAUGAUUCAGGUGUGAUAUCCAGAAAAAUUAUGGAUUAAAAAUCUUGUAUUCAAGGUUGAAAUGAGAUGCAAUGGGUGCUGGCGAGAACUAGAAGGACGAGCCAUUGCCACUACCUGUGGUCACCUCUUAUGCACUGAAGAUGCCAGUAAGAUCCUUAGUAAUGAUGCAGCAUGUCCAAUUUGUGAUCAAGUCCUCUCUAAGAGCCUUAUGAAACCUGUGGAUAUCAGUCCAAACGACGAAUGGGUAAAUAUGUCCAUGGCUGGAAUAUCUCCUCAAAUAUUGAUGAAAAGUGCAUACAGAAGUGUGAUGUUUUAUAUUGGGCAAAAGGAACUGGAAAUGCAAUACAAGAUGAACAGAAUUAUAGCUCAAUGUCGGCAAAAAUGUGAGGUCAUGCAAGAAAAGUUCACAGAAAAACUGGAGCAGGUGCAUACUGCAUAUCAAAAAAUGGCUAAGAGGUGUCAGAUGAUGCAACAGGAGAUUGAGAGUUUAUCCAAGGAUAAGCAAGAGCUCCAAGAAAAAUUUUCUGAGAAGUCCAGGCAGAAGAGAAAGCUUGAUGAAAUGUAUGAUCAAUUGAGGAGUGACUACGAGUCAAUAAAAAGAUCAGCCAUCCAACCAGCAGGCAAUUUCUAUUCAAGAAAUGAGCCUGAUUUUUUCCCUAAUCCGUCUGCUACCUUCAGGGAUAACAGAGAUCCUAUCCGGAAAGACUGGUCGGUUUUCACUCCUCCAACUCCAGGGCCUAGAGAGGAUAUAUGGCCAGCAAGACAGAACAGUUCUAAUUCUGGUCCCUUCGAUAUCUCUGGUGCCUCACCUGGAAAACAAGCAGCCAUUCCGGUUGAUCCUGGAAAUAGGAGAACUGGCAUUCACAAUACUUUUGGAGCCGGACCUGGCAACACCUCAAUGACAUUAAGGAACUUGAUUCUCUCCCCAAUAAAGCGACCUCAGCUCUCUCGUAGCCGCCCUCAAAUGUUCACGCUAUAGGCUUCUAGUCAAUGUUCUGCUGUUGGCUGGCCCAGUGUAAUGCUAAAGCUGUCUAGUUAUUCCUUUCCCUUUUUUUUUCCCCUUCUCCGCUUUCUGAAUUAUAGAGGAAGAAACAGGAAAGCAAACAAGUGAUGGUCCAAUAGAAACAUGAAGCUGUAAUCCUGAUAUUUUAGUAUUACAUGUUAAUUGUGUUCAGUUAGUUGACAGAAAAAUCUUCCUGUUUUCACAAUAUUAUUGUCUGUAAUUACGUUUGUUGGAUGGGUAGAGGAGGUCCCAUCAAAAGUUUCCAAAAUUUGAUGCGUCACAAAAAGUUAUGUACAGAAGUGAGGAAGAAGAAAAAUAAGUUGCAAAGUUUUUACGUUUUUUCUCUCUGAACUGGACGCUGAAUUUUAUGUCUUUUGAGUCGGUAAAAAAGGCAUCCUCUGCAAUUGGGAAGUUUUAGUUUCGAUGAUUGAACAACAGACGUUAAAUUUUUUGCUAUAGACAUAGAACUCUGUCUCCUUGGGUAGGGAGAGAACUUCCUCUUUUUCUUCUUUGGUUCUUAGGAUUUUAGAAGAUUUUUUUCUGCCACGCUAUUGAAAUCUCCUGCCCAAGAGGUAGGAGAGGUCUUUCUCUCCUCACCCGACUGUGAGUUCCCGUGAAUAGGGGUGUAUAUAGUUUGUUUUGUUUUGUUUUGUGUUGACGUAGAUGGAGCGAGUUUGUGAGGGUCUAUUGAAUCUGCGUGUAGUCUUUCUCGUCUUCUUUCCAUGGUUCCUUCUUGACACUAGGAAGUGCUCACCACCAUGUCUCUAGUUGAGGAAGAGGUUGCCCUGAGGGUUCAAGUAUUUGGCUGAGGUCUCCCUUGAUGGCCACCCCUUUGGCUACAAGAGAAUGAGAAGUUGGAGUUACUGUUGUGGGGUUUUUUGUGGCUUGUUUGGCUAUUUCUUGCAGGUACUCUCAAGUGUUGGGAUCCUGGAAAUGACCUCGAGGCUGUUCUUGGGCUUUUGGUUCUCUAUCUCGCUGCCUACUACUACUAUCUAUUGAUUUUUCUCCUUCUCAGCCAAGGUGUUAAUGAGUCUAAAAGGGGUUUUUUUAGCUCCUAGUGGAGGAGAGGCUUGAGUUUUUGGAUUCUCUAGGCAGGAUUGGGGUUGCAUGUUUUUUUAUUUUUCAUCUCUCAAAGGAUCAUAAGCUUUAAAAAUCGAUUUCCUCUCCAAAAGCUAGUGAUGGGCAGCGCUGCAGUUCUUCCAACCGGGUUCUUGUUGAGUCAAAUAUCCGUUUCUGCUUUCGGGUUGGUUGGAUGGAUUCUUGGCUUGGUGAUUAGAAGGUUUCUUAUGUUAUUUGAAUUGUCGUCCGGUUUUAUAUAUCUAUCUCUUUGGGCUUAUAACCCCUUAUUUUCAUUAUAAAAAAAAUGACACGUUAAAUAUUUUUUACAGGUAGGCAAUGUGAUUGUGAGUUGAUGGCUUAAGACUUUGCAUCCGAAAGUAUAUAGUAGGUUUUUUUUCUUU